GCUGCGAGGAGAGGCGGGAAGAGGGGGCGGCCGCGAGCGGGGCUCCAUUGUGCUCGGCGGGGGCCGGGAAGCCGAGGGAGGUGGGCUUGGGCCCCCUGCGCUGCUCCCCGGCGGCCGCUGCGACCCCAGCUAAGCGCCAGCCUGGAAAUGGCUCCGCUGAUGCUCUUCGAGAGAACGAAUCGAUCCUUCCCAGCCUUCUCUGCCUGCUCUCCACCUCCUCUCUGCUCCGAGUCUUAGGAGGACGAACAUUGAAAGGACGGAUUCCGAUGUGGUGUGCCGUGCACAUCGCGAGCGGCCGGGCUUUGCACUUCGAGAUUUUUUCUAUAUAAUUUUUUUUUUUAAUGUCAGCGACGGGAGACAGGGGCAUUGCUGCCUGUAGGAUUUUUUAUUAAAGUGCACGUCGCGUUGGGUUGCACGCUCCACCCCUAGGGACCUGGUGUGGUGAAAUUUGAACCCACCGCCUUAGCCCUGAGAAGGCCAAGUUACCUGGCUCCCUGGAGUGGCGAGGGGGACGUGAGCGAAAUGACCAGCGAACUCGUUUUUUAUAAGACUCGGUGAAGCUGGGUUUUGCGUUUUCCUUCAUGCACACACGGAUUUUGUGGAAUAGUUGAGUGCCGUAUUCUCCGCGCAACCUUUUCAAAUUCCAAAUAAGCAAAUGUUUGAACGUUUUGGUAUCGGCGCGAGUGAAAUCCUUUUGCCGACAAGAACUAACUGAACAGUCAGCAUCGUUGAGUUACCUCCGGAAAAGAUCUCGGGGGUUGAAAAGCAACUGCAAAAUAACAGACGGAGAAAAUUCCUUGGAAGUUAUUUUUGUAGAAACUUCAGAGCAAGUUUUCAUUGGGCAAAAUGGGGGAACAACCUAUCUUCAGCACUCGAGCUCAUGUCUUCCAGAUUGACCCAAACACAAAGAAGAACUGGGUUCCCACCAGCAAGCAUGCAGUCACUGUAUCUUAUUUCUAUGACAGCACAAGAAAUGUCUAUAGGAUAAUCAGUUUAGAUGGCUCAAAGGCAAUAAUAAAUAGCACCAUCACUCCAAACAUGACAUUUACUAAAACAUCUCAGAAGUUCGGCCAGUGGGCUGAUAGCCGGGCAAACACUGUUUAUGGAUUGGGAUUCUCCUCCGAGCAUCAUCUUUCAAAAUUUGCAGAAAAGUUUCAGGAAUUUAAAGAAGCUGCUCGACUUGCAAAGGAGAAAUCACAGGAGAAGAUGGAACUGACCAGUACACCUUCACAGGAGUCAGCAGGAGGAGAUCUUCAGUCUCCUUUAACACCAGAAAGCAUCAAUGGGACAGAUGAUGAAAGAACACCUGAUGUGACACAGAACUCAGAGCCCAGGGCUGAGCCAGCUCAGAAUGCAUUGCCAUUUUCACAUAGUGCUGGGGAUCGAACCCAGGGCCUCUCCCAUGCGAGUUCAGCAAUCAGCAAACACUGGGAGGCUGAACUAGCUACUCUCAAAGGAAAUAAUGCCAAACUCACUGCAGCCCUGCUGGAGUCCACUGCCAACGUGAAACAAUGGAAGCAACAACUUGCCGCAUAUCAGGAAGAAGCAGAGCGGCUCCACAAGCGGGUCACUGAGCUUGAAUGUGUUAGUAGUCAAGCAAAUGCUGUGCACACCCACAAGGCUGAGCUAAAUCAGACAGUACAAGAACUGGAAGAGACACUGAAAGUGAAGGAAGAGGAAAUAGAAAGAUUGAAACAAGAAAUCGAUAAUGCCAGAGAACUCCAAGAACAGAGGGACUCUCUGACUCAAAAACUACAGGAAGUUGAAAUUCGGAAUAAAGACCUGGAGGGGCAGCUGUCUGACCUGGAGCAGCGCCUGGAGAAGAGCCAGAGUGAGCAGGAAGCUUUCCGCAGUAACCUGAAGACACUCUUAGAAAUCCUGGAUGGCAAGAUAUUUGAACUAACAGAAUUACGAGAUAAUCUGGCCAAACUACUAGAAUGCAGCUAAGGAGAGUAAAUUUCAGUGCCAAUGAGGAAAAGAUACUGUCUGUCUUCGUAGGACUGUUUGGGCUUUGCACCAAGAUUGCACAAAUUUUUUUGAAUAUCAUCCCUCCAGGAGGAGGUGUUUUGAAAAUUGGAAUUGUAUAUUUCAGUAUAAAUUUUAGAAUUUAGCCUGUAGCUAGUUGGGGAAAAAAAGACAUGAAAAACUUGAACUACAAAUUACCUCCAUGUAUAUUGGCCAUAGUUAACUGGAAAGUUCUAAGUAGACACUUACUGCAAUCUUCCCCCUGAUGUUAGCUAAUGGGAGAAUUAACAAUGUCUGGGUCCUUUCUUCUUUUUUUUGUUCAACACAGUGAAGAUUAUCUGCUUUUUAAAUUAAUUUAUUUAUGAUAUCUACAGCUGUGUUUUGUGCAAAAAUUUAGUAAUGAAAGCCCUGUCUUUUGUUGUUAUCUGAAUAAUUUCUCAGGAUAUUUUUGCACUGCUGAGAAGCAGGGCCAUUACCAAUUAAUUCUUGCCAGGUGUGGGAGAGAGGUACACCUUCAAUUGAAAAUCACCAGAAAUGGGUGUCUGGAGUUCUUCCUUUUUUUACUGGGAGUGUUUUCACUCUCGUGACUACUCUGGUACACUCUACUGUUCUCCAAUCUUGUCUGCUGUAUAGUUUACUUUUCCAUAUUGAUUCGUGUAUUUAUGAGAAGAUACUGUCUCCCAUUUUAUUACACACUUUAAAGCCAAUUAAACAAAGGCAGCUGAGUCCCUCGGAUAUUUUUCUUUUUAAAUUUAUAGUAAAUUUGACACACAGAACUGAAAUGCAGCAGUCCGUCCUUGGCGGUGUAGGCUAGCAAUGUUAAGUGUCUUUACAGAAAAUAUGCAGGUACACUUAUUUAUAUAUUUGGCAAGAAAUCUUUUCUGAGUGAUCAGUGAAUUUCAAUUUAUGAGAAAUAAUGGCUAUGGGGGCACUGUUUAUUAUAGAUAACUUUAAGGUAAAUAGCUGAUUUCAAGGAGGUCCACUUCCACCUAGCAGCCAAUCAGAGGACUGUGUCUAAAUUGUGAUUGUGGCAGAUGGGUCUUCACCGAAACCAUGUCUUUAUUCAAACUUCACAAGGCAAUAUUUUGAACUGUUAACUAGGCAUUUCAAAACGGGAAAUACCUUCAACAGUCUCUUCUCGGAGAGCUAGUUUUAGUGUUGUUUUGAUGUAAUUUUAAGACAUUUAGCAAACAUGCAUUUCUUUAUAUGAUACAUUUCUUUUACAGAGCUAUUUUAAUAGCAAGCCAAGUGCUGUCUGCUCUGCCCAAGUAGGGAUUGCAUCAGAAUACAUAUAUUCUUGCUGUACAAUGCCUGUGAUUUUGAAGAGAGUUCUUUUCAGUGGAUGCUUGAGUACCUGACUCCGGAGUCAAUGAAUGCACUGGGUUUUGUUUGUACCCCCAAAUGAUUGAAUUGUUAAGUACCAAUCAAGCAGAUUAACCCAUUUUUUCACUCAUAAACAGAUUCUUAGUACUAGUUUUGUUUUAUACUUAUGUGUAUGUAUGUAAAUACAUACAUAUAUAUCAAUUUAUAUUAGAGUGAAAAAUAAAUGGUUUAUUUCUAAAGUUAGUUUCUACAGUGAGGUAUCUCUUAAAAAUCUGUAUCAGACACACAUAUAAUCAUCAUGUAUUAUAUGUCCUAUAACAUCACAUCAGUCACCCCAUCUAUUUUAGGGUAUUUUCCUUAUCUGUUUAUUUUAGAGAGAAUAAUUUAGGUACACAUGCUCAGAGCUGAGAUAUUUCUCUGAUAAAUCAGGUAAUAAAAUUUAUUUGAUGGACAGAAUUUUGAAAACAGAUAUGAUUUUAUUUAUGAGUUUCUGAAUAUCAAAGAAUACCAGGUUUUAAUUUAAGUAGAGGCUUAACACUAGGGAUCAGGGAAUUUAGUUAUAAAGAGUUUAAAAAAUUCUUUAAAAAAAAGACAAAAAAACAGUGUAAGCUGUUAAUAUGGUAAGGGAAUUAUUUUAAUGAUGUAAUAAAAUAUUUUUAAAUUUUGGCAUAGUGAUCAUUUAAUGGGAAAAUAACUCACCAAAAUGUCUCCAUUUGAAUUGUACUGAUAAUGUGAGGCAUAUGUGUAAUUCAAUAUAUACAUAUACCUAUAUGUAUAUACAGAAAUUAUUUUUAAUAUUUUCCUACUGCUGUGAAAUUUAAAAUUGGAAAUUUUGUGAGUGUUUUCCAUGUCCAAUAGAGCCUAAUUGUUUCUUUUUUAGUAACUUAACACUUUCUUGAGGGCUGCACCUAUAACUUCCCAGCUUGUCUGUAGACAUGUACAGUACUUGGGAUGAGGUAGACACAAGUGCACAUAUAAAUAAGCCUUCCUAUUGACUAUUUUAAACAUUCACUACACUAGAGGAGCAUCUAGAACUCAUUGCCUCUAAGUCAUAGAUUGUGUGCCUACUGUAGCUUUUUCCAUUGCUGUAUUAUAUAAACAUUUGCAUAUUAAAAUUUGAUUUUUCCCAGAGAUAAAUAUUAUAUAAUGUAUCUAUAUUUAGAUCAGACUGUGGUAAUAUAUUGAUCAGAACUAAUGUUGGGGACGAUAGCCUGAACAUGUGGACUUGCAGCGACCCAGGAGGAGAGCAGAGGUCUUUCCCAUUUGUGUGUAAGUUAUUACAACUAUGAAAUCUUGUACAAAAGCAAAAACUGGAAAAAAAAAACAAAAAUACAGUUUUUAUUUUGAAAUACAGUUGUUCUCUGGAGAAUGUACUUCCUCUUUUUUUCUCAGUCUUUUAAGGAUAUUUAAAGCAUUUAAGCAAUGGCAGCAUUUCCUUCAAUCCUACAGGUGCUACUGGAUUUUGCAUUAGUAUGUGAUGUUUUAAAAUCCUAACUUUGACAUAAAAGGUUUUAUAAGUAUUUCCCUGCCUGGAAAAUUAGUUUUUAUUCUUCUGUCCUCGUUCCCUCCUCUCGCUCUGCCUCUCUAGACUAAAAACGAACAUUCAUGAUAUUGCAUUACUUCUUGUCCCUAAAUGAAGUUUGCAGCACCAUCCAAACUCUGAUGCUCUGUGCUCUUUGAACUGUUGGAGCAGUUAGAGAAGAACUUGUCCCUUAUCUUUUCAGGUGGCACUGAAAUGGUAAGCUACCACAUACCUUUAAAAAGCCAUGUCUUUGCUCUGUUCAAAUUAAAUGUAUCCUUUAGCAGGUGUGUCUCUGCCAUCAAUGUCUUUGUCUGCCUCCUGAGUGUGGGCUUGGGUUGCUGCCUCCUGACCCCUACUGUCUCUGGAACUGGAACAGAAGGCAGGACCUGGGGAAAACCUGUGGGUUAUUGUCUUGAGCCUUUCAUUUAUUUGAUACCAAAUAAUUUUAGCAUUUGAAAAUUUGUGCCUAAAGACUUAAAACAGACUUCAUUGAACCUUUUAGCAUAAUCUUUCAGCAUUCAUGAGGUAAACUGACAUAAUUUCUUUUUCUUUCAUGGUGCUGGGGGUCAACAACCCCAGGACCUAGCACAUUCUAGGCAAGUUCUGUGUCACUGAGCUACUUCCAGCCCUAUAUAAAAUCACAAAGAAGAAAACUCCAGGUAAGAAGUAGUUGACUUUGACACAUGUUUUUUUAAACAUAUUUAAUAGAAUACCACACCAUAUGGUUAGUAAUAAUAAUAAGUAUUGCUAAGAAUAUAUAUAUGUAUAUAUACAUAUAUAUAAUUUUAGACUCACUCAUUCCAUUGUCCUAAAGACAACAAAAACUGUUUUUAAACUGGGAAUCACCGUUCUUUUAAUCCCAGCGUUGAGAAGGCUGAGGCAGGAGGAUUGAGAGCUGGAGAUUAUCCUGGGCUAUAUAUAGUAAGACUUUGUCUCAAAAAUAAAGAAAAAUAAGUUUACACCUAAUAAGUAGAGAAAGUCCAAAUCACUGACAGUUUCACCCAAAAAAUUCCGAGUCAGCAGCACACUGCCUGACAAUCUUGUUAGGCCACCAGGUAAAGGGGUGGCUUUAAAACAAACAAACAAACAAAGGUAUACAUAUAAGUGUUUUCCAUACAUAUGUAUCUACCAAGUGUAUGUCGGGUGCUCUCAGAGAUCCAAAGAGUGUGUCAGAUUUUCUGCAACUGGAGUUACAGAGCUGCCAUGUGGGUGCUGGGAACUGAACCCAGGGCCUCUGCAAAAGCAACAACUGUUCUUAACCAUGGAGCAUCUCUGCAGCCUUAAUUCUCAGAGAAUUUCAUUCAUGUUCCCCAGCGCCUCCCAGAUCUUCCCCCUCCCUAGCUACCCUACCUCAUGUUCUUUGUUUUGAAUGAGAGAAAAGAAUGGGGGAGACAGAAGAAGAGGAGAAGCCACCGAAAACAUGGAAUCUGAUUUGUGUUAGCCAGUUAAGUUACUCCUGAGCAUGAGGCCUGCCUCACACUGGAGCUGAUAUACUCUGUCACUCCAAUGGAGAAUCGUCCCUCUCCCCGCAGCUGUCAGUUGCAAUAGCUUCUCGGUUAGUGGUGGGACUUUGUGUCCACUUCUCCUUCCCAGUAUUUGGACUCUGUCUUGUUUGAGCUUGUGCAGGUGUUACUGUACUGUCACAGUCUUUGUGAGUUCAUAUGAUCAUCAGCCCUGCUAUGUCUAGGAUGUGUCUUCCUUCUCCUUAAAAUCAUCCACCACCCCUGACUCUUAAAAUCUUUCACAUAGAUCCUGAGUCUAGAGGGGAGAGGUGUGAUAGACACCCGACCAGGGCUGGGAUAGUAUUAAUAGAAGCAAGAACCUGGGACUCGCUCGGUCUCGGGCCCUAGGGGAAAGCCUACUCCUGUUAUUCUGCUAGAUGGGUGUGGCAGUAAAGUGACUUCUGACGACAGCACUGUACCCAUAGGUGAGUGCAUUGCUGGUCACCUUCAUUGGAGAAGCUUCUCCUUGCAGUAGGUAGUGAUUAACGCAGAGACCCACACACAGCCCAGCAGCAUGCAGCGUAAGAGACUCUGGAGAAGGCACCUUUCAAGGUAGCCACAGGUGCUGUGUACAGAUAGAAUGCAUGCUUAAGCACAUGCUAAGACAUGCAUGAAAUCCUUAGCAAAACAAGAAAUGGAAAAAUAAAGAAGAGAAAAUUUUUUUCUUUAGGUCAUUACUAAAGACAUGUGAGCCAUGGGGAAAAAAAACUGCAUCUGUACUAGAAUAAAAGAUCAAAACACCCAAAGACUUCCUGUGGAUUUUCUCUUCUGUUGGUCACUUGUACUUCAAGUCUUAGCAUAGCUCUCCAUGCUCCUAGUCCCAGCUGUCCAGAUGACUGAGGCUGGAGAAUAAUUUGAGACAGGAAUUGGGAACCACUUAGGCCAAUACAGAUCCUGUCUCUAUAAAAUAAAUAAAAGGGAUGGAGAAUUGUCCCUAUCAUGAAUCCUGAUCUAGCAAACAGGAGCAUCAGAACCAGUGUUUACCUGAGGCAUAGCAGGAUGGCCAGACACAAAGUCCUCCCCCAGCCUUAAUCCCUGUUUUGAUGCUGCUUUGAUUUAGUUUUUGUUGGAGUUUUUCUGUUGUUGUUUGUUUGUUUGUUUGUUUGUUUGUUUGUUUGUUUGUUUUGAGACAGGGUCUCUCUGUAUAGCCCUGACUAGCCUGGCACUCACUGCAUGACCAGGCAGGCUGCCCCAGAACUCAACAGAGCUCCGCCUGCCUCUGCCUUCCAGGUGCUGGGAUUAAAGGUGUGCGCCACCACACUUAGCUGCUGCUGCUUUUAACCAAAUCAUGAUUGCUCUGAAGAGUCUCAAAGUCCCUAAGAACAUCCUGCCAGUCGUUAGGAUUUAUAAACCGCUCCAAGACAUAAGCUUUCACACUCACUAUUCUUUGGGAUUCUGACCUACUUUUGUCAGAUACACACAGAAAUAGAAAUAUUACUCUGCUUCUUCAUAAUAGCAUUAAAUGAAAAUGCUAGGUGUCCUCAUAAAUGCACCUCCUAGGCUGUUUCUGUAGUAUGACAAAGUCUUCAGCAUCUUUGUGUCAGCAUGUCUUCGGUUGCUCAUGUCUGUUGGGACUCUCUUGCUGAGUACUCCCUUUGUCUGUGUUACUUGUAAAUGAGACUUUUGUUUUCCCUGGCUUUUUGCUGAGUGACAUGGCUAAAAACGAGAUAUGCUUGACGUAGACACUUCUCAACAGCUUGCAUUUGGAGAGGCGGGCAAAGAGCAAGGUUCAGAUGAUGGGCCCUGCUGUGUUCACAGCCACAGGUCGGCGUCUACACAUCUGUCAGGAGGUAGAGUUCUUGAUUGUGUUUCUGCUGCAGAUUUUUCUAAUUCAUCUGCCCUGCUUCUCUAACAUAUUUUUUAGAACUAAUUUUUUGUUUGCUUGGUUUUUUUUUUUUGUUAUUAUUAUUUGAAAGAAGUCUUGUGUAGCCCAGGAUAGUCUCAAAGUUGAUAGCUAAGGAUAGUCUGCCAAGUUCUGUGGUUCCAGGCCUGUGCUGUCCUGUCCUGUCAGUGUCUGCGUGGUCUUAGGGCUUCGCCCAUGCUAGAGGAGCAUUCUGUCAGCUAAGCUACAGUUCUACCCUGUUAGGAUGCUUCAUGGCCUUUUCUGAUGCUUACAACUCUUGUUGCCAUUGUGAGUUACAUCAUGCUUUUGCAGGUGUCUUAUUCAUGGACCGUGUUUUAGUCUCCAUUUAAAGAAAAAAACUUACAGGUUUCCAGUGAUUUAAUGAGUAAUUGUUCAUGUGUAGAAUUUAAGUCCCUUUAAUUUAAAUAACAUCUUAGUUUGAAAGCACAUGCUAGUAGUCCCAGCACUUGAGAGGCUGAAGCAGGAUUGCAAAUUUUUGGCCAGCCUAGGAUACAUAGCAAAACCUGUCUUAAAACAAAAUAGUAGAAGCUGGGCUUGAUGGGCCAUGCCUUUAAUCCCAGCACUCAGGAUACAAAAACAGGUGGAUCUCUGAGUUGGAGGCUAACCUGAUCUACUAAUAGAGAGACCCUGUCUCAAAAAAUGAAACAAACAAGCAAGCUGUAGGGACUCAGUUAAGAGCACUAGUUUUUACAGAGGAUCCAGGUUCAAUUCCCAGCACCCACAUGACUGCUCACUACCAUGCAUCGCUUAGUUUCAGGAAAUCCAGCAUUCUCUUCUGAUUGCCACAGACCCCUGACAUGCACGCAGUGCACAGACACUGCAGACCCCAGACAUGCACACAGUCCACACACACCAGACAUGCACACAGUGCACACACACCAGACAUGCACACAGUGCACACACACCAGACAUGCACACAGUGCACAGACACUGCAGACCGCAGACAUGCACACAGUGCACACACACCAGACAUGCACACAGUGCACACACACCAGACAUGCACACAGUGCACAGACAAUGUAUGCAAAAACACUCAUACACAUGAAAUAAGUAAAUAAGAAACAAAAGCAAUGGCAGCUUGGUCUUCAGAACUAGAUUCGGGAUAGCCAGGACUAUACAGAGAAACCCUGUCUCAAAAACAAACCCAAUAGCAAACUGAUAAUCAAGGCCUUAGGAAGACAAUUCCACUCCUGGAAACUCAUUCCUAGCACUGAGGGAGAUCACUGGGAGAUGCCAUGCUGUUCAUUCUGGAUGACUAGUCAGUGCUAGCUCUGUAGAAGCUAAGGCUUCUCCUAGUCAAUCUGACCAAUAAACAAUGAGUGCAAGUUAAACCAUGAAGAAGACUGAAAGCACUUAACAGAGUCCCAGUCAGAGCACAGUCAUGAUUAAUAGAGUACCUGCAUUGUGCUGGGUGUGGGGCUAUAAGGGCCUCCUGGGUCAGUGACUUUCUCUCUUAUAUGAAAUUAGAUUUAAAUAGAAAUAACAUAAGCAUAGCAUUCAACAUUUGAGCUUCCCCUCUCCCUCAACCAAGACGUUUUUCUGUGUCUCUGUGUAGCCCUGGCUGUCCUAGAACUCACUCUUUAGACCAGGUUGGUCUCAAACUCAGAGAUCUACCUGCCACUGCCUCCCAUGUGGAGGCAUUAAAAAUUGUCAGCCACCACCACCUGGCAGAGUGGAGGAGACAAGACAGAACGCUGAGUUGAUGUGUCACAUCCUCUGCUAUAGGCCUCCCAACUCGUUUAUUUACUUAAUUUAUUUUUGAGGCAGUUUAUUUAUAUAGCCCUGACCAUCCUGGAACUCACUCUGUAGACCAGAUUGGCCUUGAACUCGACAGAGGUUCGGCCUCCGCCUCCCCAGUGCUGGGAUUUAAAGCAUGCACCACUAAACCCAGCUCAUUUAAACCAUUUCUGAGAGUGAUUUUCAAUACUUUCAUGGUGUUAUUAUCACCACUGUCCGUUUACCCUUCUGUCAUCUCUGAUGAUGUACCUUAUACCUCUGUACAUUCUUGGAUGCAUGGAGUCACAGUGUUUGUCUUUUGGGGUCUGACUCGUUUCGCCUAGCCUGAUAUUCUCAAGGUCCAUUCCUGUUGUCGCUUGUCUGGGCAUUCUGUUGCUUCUUGAGGCUGAUAAGAUUCUGUUGUGUAGACACUAGCUUUACUUCAUCUAUCCAGUCAUUUGUGGAUGAACGUUGGAUUGUUUCUGUCUUUGUGAAUAUGCUGCUGUGAACGCGAAUCUGAGUCUAUGUGUCAUGUUUUGGGGGGCUAUAAACCUAGGAUAUAAAUAGGAAUUUCAUGUGAUAAUUCUAGGUUUAACUUUUUGAGGAACAAGCAGAAGAUUAGAUUUGAAUUGGGUAAAUGCAAAAAAAGACUAGGAUAAGGUGUGAGCUGGCAGGGAAAUUCCAGUCUCCAGGCUGGUGUUUUGUAAUAGGUUCAUAUGUGACCCACGUGCCUUGUUUUAAAGUAUGUGUGCAUGUCAUGCGGAAGUCAGGGAACAGCUUUUGUGAGUUGGUUCUCUCCUUUCAUGUUGAGUCGUGGGAUUAAAUGCAAGCUGUCAGGCUUGCCUUGCACGCACUUUUACCUCCGGAGCCGUCUCACCAGCCAGUCCAUAUGCCUUUUACACAUUCUUUCCUAAGACAGUUACUGAGCACCAGCUAUGGCCCAGGCUCUGUACUGGGAUAGAAACUACAGAAAGGGGGCCAUAGUUGCGUGCUAGGUCAAGUUAUUUAUACUAUACAUGCCGUGGCAAAAGACGACUCUGGCAAGGGACAUCAUCCCAGGGAAGGGGAGUGGGAAGGUCUUUUCCAAAGGAAGGGAACCCUCCCAAAUUCUUGCUGGAGGAACUAGAACUAGUCAGUUAUAGGCAUAAAAGAAUUACUGAGAGUGCUUCAUAUGCAAAGACUCAGACAGAAAAGCUUUGGGGCCAUUUAGAUUAGAGUGGGUCAGUGCAGAUGAAGCAUAGAACAUGGGAAAGGGCAUGACAACGAGGGGACAAAAGGUACAUUGGAACUUUGUAGUUCAUUUACAAGGUUUGAUUGGGGCAUUAUUCAUUCUGAAGGUAAUGGAGAGAUGAGGGGAUUUUGUUGCAAAGAAGUAAUGCAAUAAAAUAUGUGUUAUAAGACCAGGCAGUUACAUGAAUGGCAAUAAUCACUGCUGACAUGAAUUGACAGCUAUGGCGCUGGGGAUGGUAACUAUGCAAUGAUGUGUUUGAAUAGGAUUUAGGAGGUAGGAUUUCCUAACUCGUGUAGGUGUCUUGGGAGAAUGCGUCUUGAACUGCAGGCUGGGUUCAACAUGAGGAAGAGCUGCAAGGCAGAGAUCAGAUGUGUGGAUUAGGCUCUGUUCCUCUUGUGUGAAUAGAUGGAGUAGGGGUGGGACUACUGGAGCAAAUGAGUUUCCUUUUGAAUGAGUUUAGUGUGCAUGGAAAAAUACCCAAGUGAAACUUUUAAGUCUAGGUAUGAAACUUGGGGGAAAAACAAGAGCUGAAAAUAGCUACUUAGGAAUCAUCACGGUGUGUGGUAGCAGUUUGGGGCCUGAAAAUAGGGAGAAUGGAGAAUGCGAACUGAAAGAAUCUAGGCUAGAUGCAGCUUGAAGAAGAGUUACAAGGUUGGGGGGGGCAGCCAGAAUAGUGGGCCUUCUGAGAGCCUAACGUGGAGUUCUAGAAAGCCAUAAUUCACAUGAAAAUACAGCCACAAAUCAACUCAUGUCUCAGGGUGAUGGCUUAAAAUACAUUCUGUUGAGAUCCUUUAUUUGAUAUUUUAGGCUUAAAGGAAUAAAAAAAAACCAACAAACUGAAAUAUGUACUUUUAGCAAACUCAGAAUCUCUAUGUAUAACCUUUAAAAACAUGAAAGAAAUUUGGGCUAACAGUUUUUUCCUGGACUAGCACGGCAAGCUGGUAAAGGAUUGCCGCUGGUCUCUGUAGGAAUUGGGACUUCCUGAAUGCAACAGCUGAACUAAAACCCAGAAAUGGCGCCUGCAGGUGAUGUCUUCUAGAGACCCAUUUUAACACUUAACGAAAACAGCUUUAUUUUCUCUAGUGGUAUGUUGACUAAAUGCUCUGAACCUCUGUUUGUGUAUUACUGGACUUCAUGUUGUUAUAAGGAGUGGGGUACUGAGGCUACAGCCACAAGAAUCUUAACUACUCCUUUCUGUAGCUCCCCAACCUCAUCAGGGUUAAGUUCUUGGUACUUGAGUCUGAGGUUCUUUGUCUUUCGGUUUGUGAAUUUGAUACUGAAUUCAUGACCAAGUAUUUGUAUAUUUUCAAUGCUUUAGAAAGUUUGUUUCUGUUAUUCUAAGUACUCCUCUUUCUUAGUAAUUCAUAAGCAUAACUACUUACAAAUUAUUCUCUUAUAAAAGUAAUCUCAAAUGGUAUCAACAAAAACUAUUCUUUGUACUUGGUUUUAGUCUGCUGUGGUAUUUAAGUUUUAUUUCUAGUUUGAGUUACAUUUAAAAUUAGUUGGAAUUCCUUGAGUAGACAUUAUUUGUCACUUGGGCAAUAGAUGGAGCAUGUUUGACAUUGCAGGAAGGAAAAAGGAUCCACCAUUGUUCGCAGUUUGCUCAUAAUAUCCUAUAAAAUUUUCAAGUCAACUUGGGAAUUGUCAAAUAAACAAUAACUUUGAAGUCA